AUUAUCAUUACGUCACGUGAAAACCGCGGAAGUAAAAGUGCCUCAGUGUUUAUGCGGAAGUGAGGCGAUGCUUUAGGACGUUUAGAAGCUCUUUUUUAAAUCCAACGUCGGCAAGAAAAACGGGAGAAAAUCGGUUUAAAGUUUCUUCAGAAGAGAUCUCACUAAAACCUGAUGGGGGGAGGUAAUUUACAGGUGAGUUUUCAACUUUUAUAUCGCCAAUAGUUCGCUGUCCGGUUACGUAACGCCAAGUAUGAUCAAACUGUCAACCGAGUUUUCAAUAAACCACUAAUGUAUAUAUUUUUAUCGAAAUUUAUACAUCUAAAAGUACGUUUAAUAUUGGCUUGAAUUUGGUUUGGACAUUAAAAAUAAGGAUUAUUAUACAAUUUAGUAAUUUAAUGUUGAUUUCCUGAAAUAUUGACAUUUAUUUUAUAGGUUUGCCUUUUUGACUCGACAUAAUCAAGUUUUACAUCAAGAGUUACUCUGAGUUUCAGCUUCAAUGACUAAAACCUGACUUUAAUCCUGCCUGGGCUUUGAAAAGUUCUCUGCCAACCACGGCUCAAUAUAUAAAGUAAAGUUACUGUGUCAUCUGCAUAGCUAUGGAAGUUGAGGUUCCUCCUGAUGACAUUUCUGAGGGGUUACGUAUGAAGGUUAAAAAGUGUAGGACCUAAACUUGACCUCUGUGGGACGUUGCAAUUCAUUUGACAGCAUCCAGAUGAGAAUUCACCCACACUCACAUAAAAUUCUUUACUGGUAAAAUAAAAUUCAGAUUCAGACCAGAAACAGUGCCAGAGAUGCUCAUCAUAUUGAGUUCAUGUUUGAAUGAGUUUUGAUUGAUUAUUUUGUCAAAAUUACAAUCUCGGCUACUGUACUCUGUACUUCAAAUCAAAUUGAGGAUAAUUUAGUGAUAAAAAAAAAUUGCUUUAUGUUUCAUUUUUGACUUUGGAGGAGCACAUUGCAAACACAGGUAAUGUGAAAAAUCCAGAAAAAAAAGGUGUACAAUAGAAACUGGGUCAUUUUAGCAAAUAUUCACUCCUAAGUAUUUGUUUAUUUACUGCACUUCUCAUAGAUAUCACAGUAUUGAACAAUGUCAUGACACAUUUCUGUCUUUUUUUGUAUAAUGCAGGUCUAGUGUGAGAAUUUGUGGUAUGGAGCUAAACCACCUGUGGUAAAAAGUUGGAUACCCUUGUCUGUUUUUGUUAUCUUGAAAUCUCACAUUUUUUCCAACUUCCUGUCUUCUCUGUUGUCGUGUUUUCAGAAAGCUAUUGAUCUUGCAACCAAAGCUUCAGAGGCAGACAGAGCCAAAAACUACGAGGAGGCCCUCAAAUAUUAUGAACAUGCGGUGCAGUAUUUCCUCCAUGUUGUCAAGUGUAAGGAGCUGAACUCAUCCCUGUGUGAUUACUGAGAUUUCACACACCUUUAUUUCUGUGUGUUAAAUAAUAUCUAAUAUCUGUGCUGUGUUACAGAUGAGGCUCAGGGCGAGAGAGCGGCUCAGAGUAUCAGAGCAAAGUGUAUGGACUACCUGAGCCGAGCCGAGGAGCUGAAGGAAUACCUGAAGAAAAAGGAGAAGAGUCCUCCAGCUAAACCAGUCAAAGAGUCCCAGUCUGGUGAUAAAGGGUGAGAUGAAGCAAUAACACUAAGGGGUCAGUCAGUUUACUUAAUGUUUGUUGUGUGAAAGAGUUUCAUCUUAGAAAGAGAGGGAUGUGAGUCUUUGGACAACAAUAAAUAAGUGCCAUGAAAGUAAAUUAAAAAAAAUCUGGUCUAAGCUUUAUUUACAUUUGCGCCAAAAUCCUUAGAGGGUGAGCUGCAUGUCUGAACACCAGCCUUUGCUAAAAUUGAACACUCUGCAAUAUCAAAAUCUUUGUGUUUGUAUAACCACAUGAUAUUUAACCUGAAAUGAUCAGACUGAAGUUUUGAUUUUAUGAAAUACUUCCCAACACCUAAGGUCUCGUUUCAGUCUGAUACUUAAGUAAGAGAACUUCACACAUCAGUCUCUUCAGAACACAAAUCUGAUUAGUAAAAUGUUGAUAAAUAUUAAUGAAACAUUGUCUUUCCAUUUCAGCGAUGAAAAUGAUGAUAGCGCGGACGCAGAGAAGAAAAAGUUCCAGAAUCAACUCUCAGGUAAAAGACCCUGUUACUGCUCUAAUGACCACACAGAAUCAGUCAGAAAACUUGAUCCAUCUCAGGGAGAAAUUCAGCCCUGACAGUUGCUCUAAUGUGCGUCAAAGCAAUCAUACAUCGUAUCGUAUUGUAUCCUAUCAUAUCGUAUCCCAAUUAACUCUGGAUUCUUUGCAGUGGAAAAGAUUAUAAACAUUUCUGUGAUUGAAAUGGUCAAGUAUAAAAACCUUUAUUGAACAUGUCAAACGUGUCUGUCCAGCAGGGGGCGACUGUCAUAUGAAAAACUAAACAUUAAUGUGCAGAUCCAGAGUCCAAAAUUAAUGCUGACUAAGCACCAAAUGUGAACAGGUUUUCCAUUAAGCAAGUAAAUCUCAGAGGGCUAUGUACUACAUGUCAAACAAAUGUUUAUACCAAAUUUUUCUUUUUAAAAACUUAGAUGUUACUUUGUUUUGGGGAAGCUGCUGCUUCUUUCUCCUGAAUCUACAGGAGAUAAGUAUUUAUGUAAUCAUCUCUGUUUAAGGUGCCAUCGUCAUGGAGAAACCAAACAUAAAGUGGGACGAUGUAGCAGGACUUGAAGGAGCCAAAGAAGCUUUGAAAGAAGCUGUGAUCCUGCCCAUUAAAUUUCCUCACCUGUUCCAAGGUAAAGAGAGCACCAGCCACCUGUGAUCAUCCUGAUAAUGAGCAGUCUUCAAUAAUAAAGAAUGAAUCUGUUUAGGGAAGAGGACUCCAUGGCGAGGAAUUCUUCUGUUUGGACCUCCAGGAACCGGGAAGUCCUACCUGGCUAAAGCGGUCGCCACAGAGGCCAACAACUCCACCUUCUUCUCCAUCUCGUCCUCCGACCUUGUGUCCAAGUGGCUCGGGGAGAGUGAAAAGUGAGUCCAGGAAUCUUCAAAUAAUAAUCAAGACAUAUUAACUCACACUAAACAUGUUUCUUUUGUCUUUCUAAAGGUUGGUGAAGAGUCUCUUCAGUAUGGCCCGAGAACACAAACCGUCAAUCAUUUUCAUUGAUGAGAUUGAUUCUCUCUGUGGCUCGCGGAGCGAGAACGAGAGCGAGGCAGCUCGUAGGAUUAAAACAGAGUUCCUAGUCCAGAUGCAAGGUGAGAAAAAGUGGUUAUACACACUUAACUAGAUUUACAGCUCAGGGAAGGAAAAGUGCUUUUUUUUUUUUCAAACUUGUCAUUUUCGUAAGGUGUAAACAUGUCUGUUCCUCUCAGGUGUUGGAAAUGAUAAUGAGGGAAUCCUGGUGCUCGGAGCCACAAACAUUCCGUGGACGCUGGACUCUGCCAUCAGGAGGAGGUUUGAAUUUAUCACAAAUGUCUAUAAAACUGAUUCAAUUACCUGUUUAUACUUAUUUUCUAAUAGCUGAAGACAGUUUCUGAGUUGCUUUGACCAGGACUGAAAUAUCUCAGCAGCUCUUGGUUGAAUUAUCAUCAGAUUUAAUGAUUUUUUUAAUGGUUUGCACAGGAUGAAUUGUAACAGCCAAACUGAUUAUUUUACAUGGAGUGGUAUGUUUGGGUCAAAGGGGAAUCUUUAUAUGGUUUUAUGUGAAAGUUUGACUCGCACAUACAAGUUAAAGUUAAGUUUUAUUAUGUUUGCUCAAUCUCUGUCUUGUCAGUCAGGGCAGGUAGGUCAAAAUUUAUAAUCUAAAACUAAGAGAAUAAAUUUCGCUUCUGCUACACAAAAUACUAAACUCAGAACUGGAUGGUCUGCUGUUCAUUUAAAUUUUUUUUAAUUUAAAAAAAGAUUAUUUUAAAUAAUAUCAUAUAGUUCAUUGAGCUCCUAGGAAAUUUACUUCAUAUCGUUUGUACUUAAAGCCUUAAUGGAUAUUACAGGCACAAACACAAAAUCAUAAUUGUCUUAAAAUCUCUGAAAUAUGGUGGAUUAUUAGGCUAAAGUCAGUAGAGACUCAAUCAUUAUGAUUCAUACAACUUAACUAAAAUCAAAUUUGAUGACUUACAGAUAUUCUUAACUUCAGGAUACAAACAGUCUGGAUUUAGAGCUGCUCUGUACUGACUGAUUUAAUAUUUGUUGCUGUUUUAGGUUCGAGAAGCGGAUCUACAUCCCUCUACCUGAGGGCCCUGCACGCUCCUUCAUGUUCAAACUUAACCUUGGCUCCACCCCCAACGAGCUGACCGAGGACGACUUUAUCACCCUGGGCAAAAAGACGGAGGGUUACUCUGGAGCUGAUGUCAGUAUCAUCGUCAGAGACGCUCUGAUGCAGCCAGUCAGGAAGGUUCAGUCAGCCACACACUUUAAAAAGGUAAAAACACACCUGAGUCUGUUGGUACACCUGUGUGAACGCAAAGCCUGCAGAAAGAUGCAGUUCUAAAUAAGAAAAUCUCUCUCUGCGCUCACUUUUACUCAGUUUCUACCUGAACUUCUGCAAACAAGAGCAGGACUUCAUUGAGGGAUUAAUUUCACUCCUUCUCUGUCCUCUCAAAAAUAAAAUCCCUCCUUAAAAGGUUAGUGGGACGUCGCGGAACAAUCCAGACAUUGCAGUUGACGACCUCCUGACUCCAUGUUCUCCCGGUGACUCUGAAGCCAUCGAGAUGACAUGGGUGGAUGUUCCUGGGGACAAACUUUUAGAGCCUGUUGUCUGCAUGGUAAGAAAAGACUUAUAUUCAAUGAUAAACAUGUAAAGAAAAGGCGCCUUUCAAUAGCCGGCCAAACAGACCUACAGAAAGUCUGGGCAUCUAGUUUUCUCUUGUCAACACUCGUAGGCUGUAGCAGCACCUGCACCAUAGAGUGUAAACGCCUGCCUAAAUCAGAACUGAUGUUCAAACCAGGCUAAGAUUGAAUUUAUGUACAGCUGGUAUAACCCAGUGCUGGACAAACAGACCAAAAGAAAGCUUGAGCCACAACCCCCUGACCCUUAGAUUGAACAAUGGUGUCCUUUUUACCUGAACUUAGAUUAGAUCCUGUCAGAUUAGUUUUGAUUUGAUUUAACUUUUUUUUUCAGUAGAAACUUGCCUUAGGUCGGUGCAAGAGAAAGAUAGCUCAGCGCAACUCGAGAGAACUGAAAUGAUUUCUUUCCCCCUCUCUUUUAUUUUCUGUUCAGGCCGACAUGCUUCGGUCUCUUUCAAGCACCAAGCCCACAGUGAAUGAGCAGGACCUGGAGAAACUGAAGAAGUUCACUGAAGAUUUUGGUCAAGAAGGUUGAAGACAGCCACCAACCCUCAGCUCAGUGCCAGAACUGUAAACUACAACUAAAGAUUUCUCUCACUGUUUGAUUAUUUUAGUUAUCGGUCUGUAAAGUCUCACUAACAUCCAUGAGAGGUCACUGGAGCAUUAAGUUUAAAUUCCUCAAAACUGUGAUACACUGAAGCACCUUCAUAUCACAGACUGUAUAUAAGGAGUGACGGGUAUUUAAAACCAAUUUGAAGCCUCGAUUUAACAUUUUUAACCACUGCUGCUAGCUGUUUUGUUGUGUUAGAGGUUGAACAGAGAAUAUAGAUGGGAGGGCAGAGAGCAAACACUCGCUCAUGAGUUUACACUCGAUUAAAGUGUGAUUUUAUUAAUGACACUAAUUUAAGCGUGCUAAAAAGCAGAUCAUUUUAAUGUCCCUGCCCCUCUUUUAGACUGUAAAUGGGAUCAUAUUAAUAUACUAAAUGAACAGCAUGCUGUAUUGGAUUAGACCCAAAACUUGACUGAGACCAUAAACUUAUGAAAAAAGAUGUUUACUGAGGGAAUGAAUCGACUGAAAGAAGGAUUAAUUACUUGUGAGCCUCAACACGACCAGAGUGGCUAUGCCCCCUGCUGGCCAUUAGAGAGGAUGCAUGUUUUGAACGGUCAAUGUUAACAGUUUUGUUUGCAACAGCAAGAGUUUAUUUUUUUUGCGGCAAAAUUGGCUAAAAUAAUCAAUCGAUCAAAUUUCUUUAGUUUUUUUAAUCUUCCUGAUCUGCUGAUAAAUAAAUCACCAGUUUUAUUGCUAAUAUUUCAUGUCAAUGUCUUUGGGGUUUCCUGUUUUUAACCACUGACUUUUACUUUGCAAUUUUUGAACCAAAGUAAAAUAAUGACCUGUUUUUAAACCAAUUUCUUACUACUUGUGUUUACUUAGUGUGAUACUGGGGUUGCAAAAUGCACAUACUGAACAAAAUAUGCCACGAAUAUAUUGGGAUGUCAUUUUUGUUACUAAAAUCAUCAGUUUGGGGUUUUUAAUUUUGGGAUUUCAGGCCGUAAAUGUGUGAACACUCAAACUCUUAGACCUGUUUCCUGGUUGUUUUUAUUUAAUUACACAGAAUUUUAUAUGCAGUGUCUAAAGGGCAUUCUGGGUUUCUAAUUGAAGUUAAAAUUUUGUGCAAUAAAUUUGUGUAAGAAGUACCCAGUCUUUAGUCUCGGAUAAUAUCCGUGCACCUUCUCCACCCUCAUAUAUUUGGUUAUCCAUAGAUCUCAGUGAUGGAUCCUGUCGUUUUAGUGGCACUGUUUUUCUUGGUUUGACUUUUUGAAUUUCUCUUUGGGUUUACUGAGGUCACUUUGUGGUUACUUUAUAAAACUAAAGUUGAUCAUCUGCACUUUUUUAUUUCCUAUUUAAUGUAUUUUGUGAACAAAAGGGUCAAAUAAACAACAUAAAAUAAAAACUGGA